AGAUGGCCGAGACGCCGGUUGACUCAGUCAUUCCCUCAUAAGCUGCGACAACGUCUGGAUCGAUUAAAUUUUCGCGUUCGGUAGUGUUAAAAACAUAUAAAUUUGUUUGUCCAACGUUGUUUUCUUACUUCCGGGUAAAAUGGAUACGAGGAUCUUGACAUUGCUAUUGUUUGUCAGCGUUGCGGGAUCAUUCGCGGAGUUACGAUCCCCUCUCUUCAGAGUGCGUAGAAAUGGAUUGCACGAAGAUAGACCACGCGAGAUGGAUUUCAACGGACUAUCGAGGAUGAGACGAGAAUCCAGCAGUACUACCAAAAGUACAACUAUACCUACGUCUACUUUGAAUCCUACCAGUACGACUCUGCCCAACAUAAAUUCUCAAAGUACUUCCACAAAAAAGCCAGAUCCUACAAUGCCUAGCCUAGAUUUUACAACGUCUGAUUCAGAUCCUACGACACCUAGUCCAGAUUCUACAACGUCUAAUUCAGAUCCUACAUCUUCUAGCGCAGAUUCUACAACGCCCGAUUCAGAUCCUACAACGCCCGAUUCAGAUCCUACAACGCCCAAUUUAGAUCCUACAACGCCCAAUUCAGAUCCUACAACGCCCAAUUCAGAUCCUACAACGCCCAAUUCAGAUCCUACAAAUUCGACGCCUGAUUCAAGUUCAAAUACGAGUAAGACUCGCAAACCAAGUCCAACGUCUGCUAAACCGACCACUCGACCGAAUCGAAGAUCAACGCGCGAACCACAAACCACAACUCCCAGUCCAACUGCCAAAUCUACUACGCCUAAGACUAAUUCAGAAACUACAACCUCUAGUCCAACUACCAAACCUACGAUACCUAACUCAGAAGCUCCAACUUCUAGUCCAAAUCCCGAAUCCGCGCCUACAUCUGAACCGAUGACUUCUUCUCCGACUCCUAAAACCACCACACCUAUAUCGGAGACUCCAACUUCUAGUCCAAAUCCCGAAUCCACGCCUAAACCUGAAGCAGUGACUUCUUCUCCGACUCCCAAGACUACCACGCCUGAAUCAGAGACUCCAACUUCUAGUCCAAAUAGCGAAUCCACGCCUAAACCUGAAGAAAUGACUUCUUCUCAGACUCCCAAGCCUACCACACCUAAAUCAGAGACUCCAACUUCUAGUCCAAAUAGCGAAUCCACGGAUCCUAAGCCGAAGCCCAUGUCGUCUAGUCCAGCUGGCAAAUCUAUGACGCUGAAACCAAAACCUGAGACCACAACCGCGCCUACGACGAAACAACCAUCCGAUUCUGGAAAAGUAACUAAUCCAACAUCGACAACCGCCACCCCUGUGAUAGGUUCACGUUUUAAUCCAGAUGAUGAAAUUCAAGUGCCUAAUAAAAAGCCUGAAUCAAACCAAGCGACAAAUCCAGUUCCAAACGAAGGAUCAAAUACAGGAACUUUCAUGUAUCCUGGAUUCCCAACUUUCCAGUUCCCUCCGUUCUUCGUGCCUUCGUUCACUCCCGACUUUUCGGUACCUUACAAUCCUUACAACCCCUACUUUAUACCCGAGACUGGUAAUAAUAAUGCAUGGACUGCACCUAAUGGCGGAACUGGACCUGCGACAUCUUUCGCUUCUGCUAGUGCAUCGGCUGGAGCUUCUGCUGAUAGCACAAAUUUAAACGCAUCGCCGUUAGGUUAUCAAGGAGGAUACCCUGACAACCUGAACACGGUCAACACACCUUUGAUCGUCGAACCGAACACUGGCAACGUACCGAACAUGCUUAACGCAGGGGGAUAUGGUAGCUAUGGAGGAGGCGAAUCAUUCAUCGACACUGGAUUAGUGUUUCCUGAUUUUCAGGAACAAAUGGAGGAAAAUUUCAGACAAUUGCAAGCUCAAAUCCAAAGACAACAACAAUCAAUCUUUGAAGCAACUAAUCGCAUAGCCACUGACGGAGCUAAUGGCAUCCCUGGAACACAUACCGCUGUUUCCGGCAUUCAUUUGGGACCAGAUGGCGGUUAUCAAGCUGGUGCAAUUAAUCCAGUUGCACCGGGAAUAGAAUCUAGAUUCGCCGAUGAACUCCCUCCACCGUCUAGCAAUAAUUACGGAGUGUUUUCAAGUUCUAGCUCUCACACCUUGGUUGGUCCGGAUGGAAAAACAAUCUCUCGCAAAUCUUCGACAACAGGUGUAAAUGAUAAUGGAAAAAUUACCUAUCGAACAGUCCAAGAGUAAAAUGUACGUCCUUGGAUUUACGUUAUCAUUGGUCUUCAAUGGAACGCGUUAAUACCGCGAUAAAACACAAUUGUUUCCUUUUACCCUUUUAAAUCAAACAUUCUCUGUAACUCAGGAUUAUAGAUAAUAUUUUUAAUCGUUUAUUUACCAAAUAUACAUAAAUGGUUGGCGUAAAAA